CUUUUUGAUUUCCGUUGCGUGACAGUGUGAGAAAGAAACAAUGGCGGACUGUUCUUCUUCUUGUUCUUCAUUGUGGGGAGAGGCGAUAUCGGAGAAAGUAUUCUCACUCUACAAUACUCUUCCCAAGAAAGGCAAGCCCCAGGGUCGCGAAGUCACUGUAAUCGCUGCUUUUCUUCUUUCAUCUCCUUCUCCACGAGAUUUACAAGUUGUGGCGUUAGGAACGGGGACGAAGUGCCUCGGUCGCUCGCAGUUAAGCCCUAAUGGCGACAUUGUCAAUGAUUCGCAUGCAGAAAUAAUUGCUCGGAGAGCUUUGAUGAGGUUCUUCUACGCACAGAUUCAACAUCUGUCUCAGAACAACUGUGACAGUGAACAUCACAGAAUGAAAAGGUCGAGGAGUGAUGAUGUAAAGAACAUUUUGUUUGAAUUAGAUGAGGAGGCUGGCGCUGGAGGAAAAUAUGUCAUGAGAAAGGGCUGGAAACUGCAUCUAUACAUAUCUCAGUUACCAUGCGGGGAUGCUUCUUCUUCGACUCCCAGAAAUGUCCAACCUAGGACAGAGGAUGCACCACCAUGUUUGAUUGAGAAGGGGGAUGAUUCACAAUGCAUAGGCUUGGUUCAGAGGAAGCCUGGUCGUGGUGAUACAACAUUGUCAGUUAGCUGUUCAGACAAGAUAGCUCGGUGGAAUGUCGUUGGAGUUCAAGGAGCUCUUCUCUCGUACUUUCUUCAGCCUGUUUAUCUUUCCUCUAUAACAAUUGGAUUGUCCCCUCAUAGUGCCAAAAGUUGUAUCCUAGAGGAACACAUGAAAAGAGCAGUGUUUGAUCGAGUACAGCCGUUUUCAGAUGAGCUAAUGACUCCUUUUAAGGUGAAUCAGCCACUAUUUUGCGCAGCUCCAAUACCACCGAAGGAGUUUCAACACUCGGAGUCUGCUUUAAGCACUCUAACUUGUGGGUAUUCUAUUUGUUGGAACAAGUCUGGCCUGCAUGAGGUCAUUCUUGGAACUACUGGAAGAAAGCAAGGAACCUCUGCUAAAGGGGCACAGUAUCCAUCUUCCGAGUCAUCUUUAUGCAAGAAGCGAUUGCUGGAAAUAUUCUGGUCGCUUAAAAGUGAAUUCCCAACUAAAUUUCCUGCCAGCAACAUUUCCUAUCGCACACUGAAGGAUGGAGCCCGAGAUUAUCAUUUAACGUCUAGAGUUUUCAAGGAACAACCAGCUUUCAGGAAUUGGACAUCGAAACCUAUCAACUACAAGGUGUUCUCCUUUGAAUGUCAGUAAAAGGUAUGUAGGGGUGUUAGUUUGCUUUCUAUUUUAUUGGCACACCAAACGAUGAGAGGUGAAUGUUUCUGAAUGAAUUGCCUCCAUGUUUGAGUUUGAGCAGACCCUUGCUUUUGUUUUGCCAUUGAAAUACUAGCUUGUUGCUUCUUUACUUCCAACCUCUGAAGCCUAACAGGACCACAAAUCACUAUGUAAAACACGGUUCCGCUACUCGUAAAGACACUUCUUAUGAUCUUGUUCUCCUUUA